AUGCAAAAAGCCAUCCGCCUGGUCGUUCUCCUCGGCUUCGCAUCGCAGGUGAUGGCACAAACCUGCCCUACACUUCCCGAUCCAUCACUCACCGUCGGCACUGGAACUGCGCCUGCGGCUUGCGCGACUGACGAGACUUGCUACCAGGACGCUGGUGCCGUCGACACAUGUUACCUAAACUGGAUUACUACCACGACAACAGCCCGAACCCCAUCGCAGGAUUGUGUCCGUGCCUUCUGGCCGAUGACUCCCGCUUCUAUAAUCGCCGAAGAAUCAACCGGUGCUUGCCCUGAAAACACGCAUUGUGAGGAGGGCAGAACCACGGCUGGGCAGCAUGGACGUUUCUGCAUCGCCGACGGAUAUGUCGACCCGAACCGCCUGACCGUGCCGUGGUACUUCGUC